AAAUCCGUCGUCCCGGCAGGAUUUACCUCCAGUAGAAAUUCCAAUUAUACCCUCUUCCCUACCGUACACUCUGGGUUAUAAUUGUCGUUCACUUCGGUAGAAGAAAGGACAUUUUCGUGAUUGAAGGUUUUGGUGGGUCUUUAGAGUAAGGGAAGAAAGACGGAGGGUACGGACGUUAGAGCGGUCUGUAUGAAAGCAGCAGCGCAGGCGUAGCCAUGGCGUCGGACGAGGAGAUCGCGAAAGGCGUGGAGAGUGCACUCCGUGAGACGGACCCUGAAGCCGUUAUUUCUCUGAGCAACGUGGUUCAGCAGGUGGAGGCCAAGCUAGGGCUGGAGCUCUCCGACAAGGUGGAUUUCAUUAGGGACCAAAUUACCUUCCUCCUCCGCGCGCAGCCGGUGCCUAAAUACCCAUUACACACCCAGCCUCCCCCCCAGUGCUCAAAUGCGCCGCUAAAUCAGCCGUUUCAGCAGCCCAAUUUCGCCUUCCAGCAACAGCAGCAGACGCAGGUGUACUUCUCCCAACCGGCGACGGCGAAGGAUCAGAAUGCUGCGUCUAAUGCUUCUGAAACGUCGAAGGGAAGAGCCCCAGCUGGAGCCAAGAGAAGAGGUGGCCCGGGAGGUUUGAACAAAGUAUGCGGUGUUUCACCGAAACUGCAAGCCAUCGUCGGAGAGCCGGCUUUACCGAGGACAGAGAUAGUGAAGCAGCUAUGGGCAUACAUCAGAAAACACAAACUUCAGGACCCCGGGAAUAAGAGAAAGAUUAUCUGUGAUGAUGCACUUCGUUUGGUCUUUGAAACUGACAGUACUGAUAUGUUCAAGAUGAACAAGUUGCUGGCCAAACACAUUUUGCCUCUUGAUCCAAGCAAAGCAAAGAAAUUGAAGGAUGAAAAUGAAUCUGCAAAGCAAUCCCCUGAUUCUGGACCUCUUCCUGUGAUGUUGUCGGAUGCCCUUGUAAAAUUUUUUGGGACAGGAGAAAGGGAGAUGCUUCAGUCUAAGGCUCUGGAACGUGUCUGGGAUUACAUAAAGGUUAACCAGCUGGAGGAUCCACUGAGUUCUAUGUUUAUUCAUUGUGAUGAAAAGCUUCACGAGCUUCUGGGAUGUGAUAGCAUUUCUGCACUGGGAAUUCAGGAGAUGCUCAUGCGCCAUCAUUUGCUAAAGCAUGAGAUGCCUUUGUUUGUGAAGAGUAAUCUGAAGCUGUAAUUUGUGUAGAUGUUAUUGAUGAUUGACAUAUGCUGAAUCAAGAUGUAAGUUUAGUUUAUAUUCAGACGACUUCACUGCUAUCAACUACAAUCAGUAUGAAAUUUUACCUGUAGUUGUUAGCUAGUAGUAAUGCUGUAAUUAUGCCACUGCCUUAGUUUAGGUUCGCUGACUCCUUCGCCUAAUUUCACCUGACUGAGGUGCUUUUAAUCGACAUGAAGAACUGUAUGCUGGUAGACUGUUGUAAACAGAAGCUUGUAAUCGUUUUGCAUAUAUGUUAAUGGAUUUCCUUCC